AUGUCUGGCUCUACCCCCCCACCUCGCUCCGACGUAAAGGGUUUGCGCCAUGCCCCGAAGGUCAACCAACCAUUCAUCCCGGACACCACCCCUGCCCGUCGAUCACAUAUUCAUCAUGGACUCACAUCACCACAACCGUCAGCCAGUCCUCAUCAGGUAAACACCAACCCAGCCGCCAAUCCACAGAGCUCCCAGUUUGUAGUCGACAGCUGGGAAGGCAGAGACCAUCGCCAGCUUCCCAUGUCGACGAAAGAGGUCCCCACCCCCGGAAACCAGCCGCUCGUCUUCCGUCCAUCAAAAAGACCCCGGCAGCUAGAUUAUCAUGAUCCUUACUUCCCAUUGAGUUAUCUUGAGGUUCCAAGGACUGAUCAUAUCUACAAACGUGCCCACUAUGGCCUGCAGUCAGGCAUUCCAGAUGAGGUCGAUUUCGCCUUAUACCACCUUGUCCAGAUUUCGAACCAGCGAUGGGACAAGUUCAAAUUCGAAGGGUUCCCGUUGCUUGCGGAAACUUUGAUGCAAAAAGCACUCGAUAUCACCCAACUCUGCACGGGGGUCAAGUGGGAAUUCCAAUACGAUCCCAGGAAACCGAUUGACCGUGUCAAUGUGCUGAAUUCGCUACAUGGAACGCGGGACAUCUUGGACAAGAUCAGCAAGAUCCCAGUGAACCUCGCGGAUGACGGCCUCGAGACCGACGAAUUCAAUCACCAACUUCGGAAUAUCAAGGAGGCUACAUUGGUGUUGAGAAACAUGGUACUUCUCCGGGAGAAUGCAUAUUACGUGUCGCGCUAUGCGAAAGGGCUAUUGCGGGACUUUUUGGUCAUCAUCAUCAACGCCCCAAACCAACCGCGACUCAAUGAAAUCAAAAAUGACGCACUUGAUAUUGCUGAGGAGGUCACCAAGUUCCUGCGGACUGACCCUGAAGAUCCGUUGUGGAUUUCUCUGGUAAAAUGCCUCGAUUCAACAGAUCGCGCCCACGUCGUGCGGGCUCUGUGGGCCUUGACACAUUUCGGAACUGAGCUGGACGAUGCAGACGCAAACCGAGCCAUGGAUAGUCUGACCAAACCGACCCUUCAGCAAAUGUACUAUCUUACGCUUCUUGACCUCGACAAGGACCUUCUCAGUGGGGCACUUGACUUCUGGUAUCAAUACACACUCAGCCAGGACAACAUCGAGACAUUGAUGGAUAUCGUUAACUUCCCGAUCGUUUUCGUCCCUCGCAUGGUUGCACUCCUCACGUAUGAAGCACGUCCAACCAAGAAAGAAACCGUUCUGCAAGAAGAAAAAGUCGCCCCUCCUCCCACUGACAUCCCUCGCGUAUCCCCGGAGCUUCUGGAGAAGCUCAUGGAACUCUCAGAGCCGCAGAGAAGCUCUCAAUGGCUGCGUUGCUGUUUCAUUGAGGAUGCAGAGUGCGAGAUCACCCAGAUUGCUCUGUGGCAAGCAUACCAGAGCCGUUUUGCCGAUCCCCGCGUCAAUGGAGGCGGCGUCCUUCCUGCCGCCGAGUUCAUCAAGAAUGUUAGCAACACAUUUACGAAUGCCCAGGCACAGGUUAUCAAUGGUCCAGGCACCGCCACCAAAUUCAUCAUCAAAGGCAUCCGACCCUUGGAAACCGCCCACACUUUCGAAGGCUUCCCUUACUGCUACUGCCGAUGGGCCGAUAACUCAAAGCCCUCGAAGAUGUGCCAGCGUGCGUUCACAUCUCCGACCGAUCUGCGUAACCACGUGUUCGGGGACCACAUGAACCUGGAGCCCACCGAAACCCCCGGGCAGUACAAACUGGAUCCCGCAGAGACCCCCAUCCACACCUGCCAAUGGGACAACUGCGUGCGGUUCCGAGCAUCAAACGCUAGCGCCAACACAUCCACGGUCGCCGGUCAUGUCGCGGCGCAUCUGCCGGAAGAUCGUCCAGCCGAUGCGCAGCCAGCCCUGGCCAAGCGCGUGGUUCUCCAGGAGCGUAUCGUGCGUAAGUGGUACUACAUGGAUACGCCGAUCAACGAGAAGGCAGAGCCUUUCGGCGUCGCUUACAAGGCGGCCUUGGUGCUCCGUAACAUUGCCCGAGGUCUGCCCGCCCGCACGACGUCGCAGUACGGUGGCCUUACCUGGAAGAAGGCCUGCUUUACCUCCCAACGCCCGAAGAUCGUUGAAGUGUGGGACCGAAACCGCGCUUUGCGCAAGGAGCUCACUGAGCUCAUUAUGGUUAUCGAGAAGGAGGAUGACUAUUGA